UUUCUACAGGAAGCGUGAGUAGUUGUCCGAGAAAAAUACAGUACUUCCCCAAGAGAUUCCUAGUUAUCUUGCGGUCGAUUAUGAACGUGGAAAUUUCACUGUUAGUCAGUUCUCUCUCGUUGACGGGCUAAUUCUAAACUCGGUACAAUAACAUCUCCCAAUUUGGCGAGCAAUACCUCGUCGAACACACAAGCUUCAUACAACGCCGAUCCUACCAAUUCGACUAAGCAUUUAUCACUUGGAAUUAUAUGCGGAAUCUUGGCCGCAUUAGUGGCUUUUCUUGCCAUGGGAGUUCUUAGUGGCUUCUAUCCUUAUCGCUGUCGCAAGCGUCCUUCAUCCACAGCAGAGAUUGCGCUUCGCAGAAUAAUUGGAGAUUUCUCUAAUGAUUUUCCUCGCAUGACACCAUCACCCAACCCUUCAGCAUUUCCUCCAGACACUUAUUUUACAUAUUCAUCCUCAAACUAUAAGUCCUUGCUAGAUGUAAAGGCACCAAUGGUCGAAACGCCAGGUCAUGAAAGUCGCCAGCCUGUCGAGCUGCAAUCCCAGGAUUUCACAAGCAGUAACAUUCUAUCCAAUUCACAAAUAAGCCAGCAGAAAUGUAUAGAACGACACCUGGAGAUUCUCCCGAGGACUAUACAACGUCUGCCGGAUACUCAAAGUAAAUUCGCAAUGGCAUCUGAGGUGGAUGCAAGUCACACAACACUUGAGCUUCCUGCCGAUAACACAUCAGUGGAAAUGGAUGACGAAAGGAGUAGACAUACAUUAUCACCACAAUUAUCGAAAUUUUUGGGCUCACGAAAUUUCUUCUUUCAGGAUGACUCAUUGCUACCACAACAUUCCUCGUGCCAAAAUAUGUUCCCCGCAGUAUCCCCAGCCAUAUCAGCACGAUCACCCAGUCCUCAAGUCUCCUCUGAACAAUGAAGAAUAUCUCCCCUCGACGUUCUCACGACAAUCUUUCACCAUUGGCAGCUCAAGUCCCAGCGAUAGGAGACAAUUCUUCUUAUCAAAUCUCGAACCGCCUAUUGAGCGGUAUAAUCCAUUAAGGAGAUCAGUCACAGGUAACUCGAACAACUCAGAUAUCUCGGAAGAAUCCGCGGAAAUGCCUCGCUCGAUGAAAAAUCGCAACACUUGGAUGACCCCCUUCGAUGUUCAUGUGUACAUUUUCG